AUGGCCCCCUGCAACACACAUCAAAACACCCCUUUUACACCCCCUUUCCGCAAGAUCCCCUCAUAUCACCACCUCACAACUCGCGAGGAAGAGUCCCCAGGAGAAUCCCACAUCAUCGCCUUGGCAGUAAUCUUUGGCGUCGUAGUCCUUCUCUUCCUCUUCGUCUUCAUCAUGUCCUUUGCCCCCUGGCGCAAGAUCUCCAGGAGAGUACAGUAUGAGCGGGUUGACCAGGAAGAAGCACACGAACUGCAAGGGGACGAACGCCAGGACUGGCCUCUCAUCGUUGACACCCAUCCAGUAAACCCCCCACGUCCCCGUUUGGAGGAACAGAUUCGCAAGCUAUGGGAGUCGUCGCGCGAAAAGCAGCGUUCCCCCGCACGGGUCGCAAAAACUCGAGACUCGAUGGACCUGGGUGAGUUUGACGAUGUCGACUUGGCUACUCCUUGGAAGAAGGAUCAGACGUAUGACCCAAAGACAAACUACAAGGACGAUGUGGAGGACAAGGGGGAACGAAAAUGGGUCAAGCAGCCAGUCAAGGGACGGGGAGCUAAUCACAAGUCCGGUGAUGAAAGCAACAAAUCGACCAACAACAAGAAGUUGGCUUGA